UAUUAUUAAAAGUACGAUGAAGUAAUGCCGGUUUUCCACUAAACGGACAGUUGUGUUUAUGUUGUGUCUGAGUCUUCUACAACCUGAUAAACAAAAACAAAAAUUGAAACAAAACAAAAACUUUUGUUUCCAUCAAACGGGCUACAUUUUGUACGAGUUUGGUUUUUGUAUUCGAUCCUUUUCCACUGACACAACACGAUCGUUUCUAUUAAACAGACUCGAGUUUCAAAGCACAUCGAAACCUUUUGAUGUUACCGCUUCCGAGCGAGACAUGAAAAACAAAACUCCAGCUGUCGCAAAACACGUCGGUCUUCAAUAUGUUUGCGAAAAGUUCCAGUUUUGUUUUAUUCAACACGAGUUUUUGUUUUGUUCGUUUAGUGGAAAAACGGCAUAAGAAAGCUAUUA